CUCGUGUGCUUGUGAGUUCGUAGUCUUAUCGUACAGCCGGAUUGCUUAUCAGUGGUUGCCUUUAUGGGAUCUUAUCAGACGAUAGCUCCAUCUCACUCCCGCUCAAACAAAAGAUUAAGACAACAAACUGGGAAAAUUUCUGGAAGCUCGCGUUCGCUGGAAAUGCAAAAUGAUUAAGCGAUCAUAAAGUGCUCCUAGCUUAUACACAGUAAAAUACGGUAUAUCAUAUAAUUGUCGCCCAAAUUAUUGCAAAUAUAUUAUUAAUAUAAAAACAAUUACAAUAAUAUGCAAUGUAUGUAAUACAAAUCACUGCGCUAUAAUCAGCUUAUUUGGAGUUGACCCAAAAUAUAAAUAGAGCUUAUCAAGUGACAUUCUUUUUAAAGUAAUUCAGAAUGUGACUUUAUAUUCGUGUUUUUUAUUAACUAUGCAUCGUUUAAAUUUAAUGCAGAGAGUGUGCGUAACUUUCCAAAAAAUAAGAAACCUAACAUAUGGUUAAUAAAUCCGUAGCAAUAUAUUUGCUUUUAAUUUAAAGUACAGUUUUAAUAUCAUGUAUUUUAAGUAACUUUUCGACUUGCAUCGUCCGAAAUUAAUAGACAAUUUUGGUAAUAUUCUUCCUGUGCAUAGGUCUUAUCACUGUUGACUCAGCUGGAGGUUCUGUUCCGUUGCUGUUUCUCUUUUUGUUUCUGUUUCGGCCUCACUUACUGUUACUAUUUCAGUCUGUGUUUUUGAUUCUCCGUCUGCUUCGGAACGUGGCGCAUUGCGACUGAAGAAAUAAAACAGUUCUUAACUUUUUUGCAGCCCAUCUAACCUAAUCUAAUCCAAAGGUGUAUGGCAACUAUCCUAAAAGUAGUAAAUCAAACCAAAAAAUCAGAAAACCAUAUAUUACGUAGAACAUUAACCCUAGAAGUAAAGCGAGUCGCUCCUGGUGCCGGUGUCCCCCAGGAAAAGGUCCCCAUAAUUAUAAAUACAGCAAGUGAAUAAUAAAAAAAACCAAACAAAUGGUACGCAGCCGUCGCAGUGUGUCCAAGGAGGAUGCCGUCUCUUUGCUCACGGACAGCGGUAUCUCGCUAUCCUCGCCGCCGGCGGCGAGGGAAUCUUCUCCAGGACCCGCGUAUACGAUCAAGAGGCGCAAAAGCAGCCUUGCCAGUCUGCGAGAUGCCUCUGUCGAGGAGGAGGAGGUCAGCGCCGAGCAGGACUCGAAGGAUGCCGACUACGUGCAACCGCCGCCGAAAAAGUCCGCCCGCAAGGGGGAACCAGUGAAACGAAAGCAACACGUCUGCAAUCACUGCUCCAAGGAGUUCGGCGGCAAGACCGAUCUACAGCGCCAUAUGCUCAUCCACUCGGACGAACGGCCUCACAAGUGUAAGGAGUGUGGCAAGAGCUACCGUCAGGCGGUCAACCUCAAGAACCACAUCACCACCGCCCACGAGCACAGAAAGCAGUUCUCCUGCCCCCAGUGCCCCAAGACAUUCGCCCUUAAGGAGCGCCUGCGCCUUCAUAUGCGUCUCCAUUCUGGCGAGAAACCGUAUCCGUGCGCCCUAUGUGACAAAAAAUUUGCGCGAGGUGGUCAGCUGCAGCAGCACAUGGUUUCUCACCACAAGACGAGCAUUCAACAGUUCAACUGCACCAAGUGCUCGGCCAGCUUCUCAACCAACGCCAAUCUGAGGGUGCACAUGGAGCGACACGAACAAGGCAUGGAGCACCGGUGCGGAAUCUGUGAGAGCCAGUUUGCCAACGAGCUGGCCUUACGAGCUCACAUAAACCAGGAGCACCACAAGCUCACGCGUUUCGAGUGCGAGUUCUGCCACAAGACGAUCGAGCCAGACGAGGAUCUGGCCACGCACAUGCAGAAACACGCCGCCGUUAAGACGCACGUGUGCGAAGUGUGCAACACCUAUUUCACCCAGAAGAGCCAGUACAAUGUCCACAUGCGAAUGCACACGGGAGAGCGGCCUUACCAGUGUAGGAUCUGCCACCAGACGUUCGCCCAUUCCAGCGUACUAAAGCUGCACAUCCGCAAGCACACUGGCGAAAAACCCUUUCGCUGCCAGCUGUGCGAGGACGAGGUAGCCUUCUCUCAGCUGGCGCACUUAAAGAACCACAUGAAGAAGAUACACAAACAGCAAAAGCCUUACAUGUGCGAAGGCUGCCACGAGUUUUUCAAGAUCAAGGUGGAGCUGCAGGCGCAUUCGGAGCAGUGUACUAAAUGUCCUGCUGGCGGAGACGAGUCUUCGGGUUCUCAAUCUGAAGAUGUCGUAAUCCUUUCCACCAUACGCUUCAACAUGGCCGUGGUACUGAAGAAGAUUAGCUCGCCCCAGAAACUGCGCCAGUUGGGAUACGAAAAGCGUCUGAUCGAUAAUGUGAUCAUUGCAUCGUUAAAGCUGGCUCAGCGACCCACGCACGACGACGCCAAGUUGACGCCCUUGGCCAGACUACGGCUUAAUGUUGAGGAGUUCCUCAAAUGGAUUGUGCCAGCACCCACAAUGAAGAAAUUCAACGAGGAAUAUCUGUCCAUCGACACUAUUCUUGACAAGUUUGCCACCAUGUAUAUGAAGCAGAAGUAGAAAUCAGGAGUUGCUAGCCAACGCAAAAUGCAAUUGUGCCAUAGAAGGAUGAUUUGUAGAACUAGUUCUUGCCAUUUAGUUUACCGUUUAGUUACCCAAAGUUGCAGAAACCCAACCAAAUAAUUUAUCCCAAAGAUAUAUACUUUGUAGUACUGAUGACUUACCUUACUUUAGUCCAUACUUGGCUGCUACCAAAAAGAAAAUAAUUUGAAUUAAUAUCUUAGUGUGUCCAUUAUUAUUUUCCUCUUAAUGGAGUUUAGAGUUUAGAACGAAAUUCGAUGCAAUAAUUUAUAUAAUAAUAAGUUUAACACGAUCGGAUUGAACCCCACAAAUAUGUUAUUUAUAUUAAGUCUUGCCAGAGCAUUGUAUCACUCAGUGUGGAUUUAAUAGCUCAAGUACAAUUCAACUCAUUGUGGCCAUGCAUAUUAACGAAUAAGCUUAAUGCAUUUAGUUGCCGUUUGUCUUUCCUAACCUUUUUGCUAACUCGAAAAUUAACAAGUAAAUGUGUAAAGAGUGCAAAUCCAAAGUGUACAAUCGUAAAAAUGAAAUGUAAAUCAAAAUACAAAAGUCAAAUAAUGAAAUAAAUAAAAA